AUGUCCGCGACCACCACCUCCCCCACUUCCUCCGCAUCAGCUACCUCCAGCUGCCAUGCCAAGCUGUACGAUAUCCCGACCCACGACGCCGCAUGCGCAAUGUCUAUUCAGGGCAACAACUCCGCUAUCAUGAGCAGCUGCUGCUCCGAUGCAUCUGUCGUCGAGUAUGACGGGUGCGACUACUACUGUCUUGCUCAGGGUCAGAGCGUUGGCACCCUUGCCGAGUGCCUGAUCAAAGCCUCUGAGCCCGGUGAGGUUUGGUGCAACACCAAUGCCAAUGCUACGGCUACAGCGACAGCCACGGCUACUGGUACUGGCGUCGUGACCCUGUCUGCCACAACCACUGGUGCGGAUAGCACUGGCUCAAGUACUAGUGGCUCGACUGCGACUUCCACUGCCAAUGCGGCUGCUGGUAUUGUUGCGUCUCGUCCGUUGUCCAAAUCUGCUAUUGGUGUGGUUGGUAUGCUAUUGGCUGGAUCUGCAGCAGGACUUUUCCUUUAG